GGGGGAGAACAGGUACAAUUGGGGGCUGACUAAAUACUUUUUACCCACUCUAUUAUUACCUUAUACCAGUGACUCCCAACCGCAAUUUUUUUAUUUAUUUUUUUUAAAUGUCCCGCCCCGGCCUGCGCGCUUAUGACUGACUGCGCACUGAGUGGCACAGUGAGCCGAAAAUGGUGCCCUGGGGUGGAACGAGCUGCAUCUGCGCCCAGCUUGCUUAAGGUUUAACAGUGAAGAAUUGUGUGUGGAAGAAAUCGUGAUGAUGGCGCGGACCAGAUAGAGAAGAGAAGGCAACGAUGCAAAUUAGAGAGGACGUCAUUGGUGAGUUGCUGUAUAAAGCAGCACUUUAAACUACAUACCCACUGAUAAAUAUAGUGCAUUACGUUAGGGGUGCCCAGCGGAAAACAUUUUUACCGAGGUGUGCCCCGACCCGUAAAAGGUUGGGAAACACUGACUUAUACUCUACAGAGUCAAAAAGCACCUGCCAUUAAACCAUAUUUUCUAAACUAACUGACUAUAUCCCCUAAAUACUAGCAACACCCCUCCUGCAGGAGGAGUGUUAGGAGUUUCAUACCUUUCCUGUUGCUCACAUUGAGCUCCUGGUAGUAGAAAGUGGGCGUUCCUCAGCAGGCGUGACAUCACUGAAGCCUACAAGAGCUGAGCCUCUCCAUGCCCCGCACACACUUCCUGAGUUUGGUUUCCUUCCAGACUGGGAGGAGACCAAACUGUUUGACUUGCACAGAGAACAGAACAGAGCCACCUAGUGGCUGUUUUUUCAAUCACAUGUUAACCCUUUGGAAUGUAUUGGUCACCAUUAUAGGAGAACACAAUGUCACUAACCUAAUAAACUCCAAACUUUGUGUACUUGUCAGGUCUCCCACAUAUCUUCUCCAAGAACCGAUUGGUGACAGGUGGGAUGUGAUGUGUGGGGCCACAGAGGCUUCACUCAUUACAUAGGGGCCCCAGAGCCUGGAUACUGGGUGACUUGUCAGUGUGAACUGUGCCAUAAUUGGUUAUAAAGGCUGAAUGUCCAUCAAUCCACAUCUACAAAUCCAGGACUGUGGCUGCUCCGCCCAGAAGGGAGCAUCCUCCUAAGAUCAAGGGGCGAUGCUGAGAGAUCUGAUCACAUGUCAUUACAUUAUCAGUGAUGUCAUACAGGGGGCGGGGCUGUGAUCACGUCAUAAUACUAUUAUAUCAGUGAUGUCAUACAGGAGGCGGGGCUGUGUUGGCGCUGAUGCAAUACUUCGAUGUAUUUAGGGUUAUGUACAUAGGUUCUCAUGUGUGCUCUAUUAACUCUUUGUCCCCCUUUCUGUACAGUGGAGACGUCCUGACCUCUGAUGACAGCACAUUGACCUCUUUGUGAUGAUCCAAGUGUUGUCUGAAGACUUGAGAUGUCGCCUACGCUCCGGGGUAGCGAUCACGUCCGUGGCUCAGUGUGUAGAAGAACUUCUCCUUAACAGCGCUGACGCUCAGGCCACGUGCAUCGCCGUCCGUGUGGACUUGGAAACCUUCAAGGUGCAGGUGGUGGACAAUGGGUGUGGCCUGUGCCGCGAGGACAUGGAAUCCAUUGGGAUGCGCUAUUGUACAAGCAAAUGUCACAGCUUAAAGGACUUAGAAAAUUUGAGUUUUCAUGGCCUUCGUGGAGAAGCGAUCGCCAGCAUGGUGGAUGUGUCCAGUGUGGUGGAAAUCUGCUCCAGGCAGAAGGAGACGGGUCAGACAUUCAGCAGAAUCUUCCGGAAUGGAAAACCACUGGGAUCUGUGAAAGCAGAAAGCCCCCGACCGAGCGCCGGCACCACGGUGACGCUGUACAAUCUGUUCUCCACCAUGCCUGUCCGCAGAAAACACCUGGAGCCAGCGCUGGAGCUAGAGCGCAUCCGCCAGCGGGUGGAGGCAGUCUCCUUACUGAAGCCAGAUGUCUCUUUCUCCUUAAGAAAUGAUGCGGUCUAUUCAGUGCUGCUCCACUUACCAAAAACCAAGGACCUAUUGUCUCGAUUCUGCCAGAUCUACGGACUGGGUCGAAGUCAGAGCCUCCGGGAGGUGCGGCACUCCCAUGGGGCCUUCACCAUCCAUGGUCUCCUCAGCUGUGAGGCCCACUACAACAAGGCCAUGCAGUUCUUGUACGUGAACAAGCGACUAGUGCUGAAAACCAAACUCCAUAAACUCAUUGACUUCAUCGUCCGGAGAGAGAGCUCCAUCUGCAGGGGAAGAGGUGUCCGCCACCGCUCCGCUGCCGAUCUCUACAGUGUCUUCGUACUGAACAUUCAGUGUCAGAUGUCGGAGUACGAUGUUUGCUUCCAGCCCGAUAAGACAUUGAUAGAGUUCCAGGACUGGGACCUGGUAAUGCGCUGCAUGGAGCAGGGGCUCCGGAGUUUUCUGAAGAAGGAGAACCUAUUCUCAGAGCUGUCCAAAGAAGAUGUCGCCGAAUUCAGCCAAAAACAUCAUUACAACUUGACCUGCCAUGUGGGGGAAGAGCCGCUUGUUGCUCCCCAGGAUCCUGAGACAUCACUUACCUCUGAUAUAACUUAUCUGAGAUCCAGGUGUGUACACAGGAGCAGGAACACCACAGAAAUGGGGUCCCCACCACCUGUACUGGCUGCCCAGCAUGAGUCUGAGCAGGUCCCUAGUAACAUCCCGGAGAAUCACAUUGGGCCAAGUGACAGCGCUCCUAUGGAUGACACGCAGGACUCGGCAGAGACUCAUAAUAGAAGCCCCCUCCUACCCCCUGACACCUCCACAAUACAAGAGGCAGCAGAGGUCUCCACCACCCUCACUGGACCCCAAAACUCUGCUGACCCUAGAAGUCCUGGAUCUGACCUUAUUAGAGCAGGCACCAGUGAAUGGAUCCCUCCAAACAGUGAAAAGCCGAGAAGUGGCCUGGACCCUGUGCACACGCAGCACGCCAACAUGGGGGGAACCCUGGACAGGUUCAGAAGACACUUUGGAAAGAGUCACCGUGUGGAACCCCAACUCCCCCCAAGCCCAUGGAAGGCCAGAGUGGUCUCUCUAAAGCACUGUGCCAGUACAGAAGCUCCUGCCGUCAUUCGGCAUAGAUCUACAGCGCGAAAACUCUCCAAAAUAAGAAAGUCCCAAGAUCCAGAAUGUACCCCAACAUUAACAACAAAACUGUGCAUGCUAAAAAACAUGGAGGAGGCUGGGCGGGGCAGCAGUUGUAACCUUCACCUGGGUCCCCCCACCACAUCCACUGCCUGGAAAAAGUCCUCCGAGCAACAAGCAACACCUCAGCAAAAUGGCCAAACAUGGCUCAGCAGCUAUAGCGCCCCCACCUGGGACAAGAGGGCUGCCUGCACCCAGGAUCUUUCCAACAUAGCCGUGAAUGUCGUCUGCAGGAGUGGCUUCCAGUACCAGUGCCAUCCUUUUAAGACCCAAGCCCUUCUGCCCUUCUUGCCCCGGCCCCGGGCUGAGAGAGACCCUGCUGAGCUGAGAGAUAAUGGUGGCCUGUCUACAAUGUAUACGGAAUGGAAGAACCCAGUGUAUGUGCGCCAGCCAUCG